UCAUUUGCUGGUGUGCAGCAGUAGCAGAGCGAGAUGAAUCACAAGAAGAACGGAGAUGCCGUGCACCAAAUUACAGCUGUCCCCUGUUGCUGGCGACUGCAAAUCCUCUUCAAUUUCUCCUCUGCCAGGAUGAAGGUGCAAACGGCAGGAACUCAAAAUCCCAACGUGGUUUUGGAAGGGAACAAACAAGCCGGGCGAAAUCUCCCUCCAAGCGGCCGAGUUUCAUAAGCAGUUGGCUUGACACCUGAUGUUCUGUCUGGACACCGGCUGCAUCAGCAGAAACCACGAGACGGAUCCCUGAAUGGACAAGGGAGCCUUCAGAUCAUGAAACUCACCAAGGAGCAGCAGCAAGGAGGCUGAGGAGAGAGGGGGAUUUUGACCCACGAGCCGAAGAUGCUCGCCCUCUUUCUGGCACUCUUGAUGGCUUCUGCUAGUCUCCACACGGGCAACCCACGGGGCGAGAAAGCCUUCCCCAAGAGAGAGGACCGCAGGCCUUUGUGUGUGCGAUGUUGUGGCCCCUCUGACCAGCCGGCCUCCUUUACUGCUUCCCGAUAUGCCCGGAUGACCAGUGACUCUACCUAUUCGGUGCCCAAGGUCCAUCCCAUCAUAGAUCUCAUGAUCUUGAAAGGUGAAAAAGGUGAAAUGGGAGACAGAGGAAUCUCUGGACCUGAAGGCAAGGCUGGAGAACAAGGCCUGCGGGGUCAAAAUGGCCGGAAAGGGCAAAGGGGCCAGCCAGGCCCACCGGGCAAUUCCUGCAAGCAGCAUUACGUGGCCUUUUCGGUGGGCCGUAGCAAACCUCUCCACAGCGAUGACUACUACCAGCACGUCACGUUCGACACCGAGUUUGUCAACCUCUACAAGCACUUUAACAUGUUCACCGGGAAGUUCUUCUGCUACGUGCCCGGCAUCUACUUCUUCAACCUCAAUGUCCACACCUGGAACUACAAGGAGACCUACCUCCACAUCAUGAAGAACGAGGAGCAGGCCGCCAUCUUGUAUUCCCAGCCCAGCGAGCGGAGUAUCAUGCAGAGUCAAAGUCUCAUGCUCGACCUCCAGGAAGGCGACGAAGUCUGGGUGCGGAUGUUCAAGCGGGAGAGAGAGAACGCCAUCUACAGCGAGGAGUCGGACGUUUACAUCACCUUCAACGGCCAUCUAAUUAAGCCCGCGAUCGAGUGAACGGCUCCCUGGCCGAGGGGCUUAGGAUAGGCAUCCCUAUCCGUCCUGCCAGAGCCACACAUCCAGGGCUGCAGUCAGGAAACGGCUUGCCCGCAUGGCAUCCCAGAGAACCUUGGUAGGGUUACUCGUGAGUAGAUGCUAUUAGACUUGCAGCCUCGAGCUUAGUGCUGGGAUGACCAUACCUGAGACAUGGUUUUGGGUAUCGAAAGCAUCCUUGAUAGGCGCCUCUUUAAUCUUUCCUGCUCAGACCUCUUGUGGAAACAAGGUGGGCUUGUUUCUUGCCGAAAGUUCCCCUCUGCCGGAAAUCCUGGAAGCACAUAAUGAGAGAACACAAGCCCUGUUGGCGACUCCUGCUUUAUGGUUCUGUCACGUGGCUGGUCUGACAUGAGUCCGGAACCUACCUUUGUCAUGUUCCUCAACAACACAAGCAGAGCUGCUGAAAAAAAGUUUUAUUCCAACACAUUUUGAUCAUAUCUUUGUCAAGGAAUAUUUUCACUUGACUACCAGAGAGAGGAGGACCACUUUAAGUGGCGCAGCGGGGAAAUGCUUGACUAUAGCAAUAGCACUUACAUUUAUAUACCGCUCUAUAGCUGGAAGCUCUCUAAGUGGUUUACAAUGAUUUAGCAUAUUGCCCCCAACAUUCUGGGUACUCAUUUUACCGACCUCGGAAGGAUGGAAGGCUGAGUCAACCUUGAGCCCCUGGUCAGGAUCGAACUUGUAACCUUCUGGUUACAGGGCGGCAGUUUUACCACUGCGCCACCAGGGGCUCAUACAAGCAAGACUAACACAAUAAUACAAGACUAACAAGCAGAAGGUUGUCGGUUCGCAUCCCCACUGGUAGCUCUAUUGGGCAGCCGCGAUAUAGGAAGAUGCUGAAAGGCAUCAUAAUUGCACGGGAGGAGGCAAUGGUUAACCCUUCCUGUAUUCUACCAAAGAAAACCACAGGGCUUUAUGGCCGCCAGGAGUCAAAAUCGACUUGAUGGCACACUUUACCUUUACCUUGCUUGAGAGAGAUGUGUUCUUGCCAAAACCUUAAGCAGACUCUAAACUAGGCCUGCUCAAUUUAGACCCCCCCAGCUGUUUUUGGACUACAACUCCCAUAAUCCCAGCGGCAGAAGUAAGCUCAUCUGACUCAGGCAGUCAAGUGAAAGUCAAAACACGUUGGAAUUUUUUUUUAAAAAAAUCAUCAGCUGCACUUGCAUUGUUGUACAGCCAUCUUAGCUGGCACUGGUGCUCUAUUUCAUUUCGCUUUGUCAUGUUCCAUAUGUUUGAGAGUGAACGCUUAAGAAUAAUACUAUUAAUAAAUUUACAUAAAUGAUGAAUUGCA